AUGAAUGGGAUCCCCCAAUAUGCAAAGGAGAAUACGGAUGAAACACACUCAUUUUUCAACCCACCCGGCCAAUUCGACACGUCGGCGGCCGAUCAGAACCGCCGCAGCUCGCCAAUUGCGACCUCCCCGCCGACCCAGGAACCCCGUCAGGAGCCAGACCAUGAACCAUACGAGAUAGUGGUGAAACCUUACGCCGUCGAGGAGCCCGAGGACGAACCGACCGCCCCAAGCACUCACUUCACCGCCCUUCUGGAGAUAGAAGACAAAGGUGAAACCUCGGAAGGCGACCUGGUCGAUUCAAUGGAAGGUCUCCACUGCGACUCUGACAACGACCCUCGGAUCAACCUCAAAUUCAAGAGAGGCAAGAAGCGAAAACCGCCGACGAGCGCAAUGGGGACGUCCUACGCCCAGCCACAGGAGCACAGGAUGACCCCCGAUGGACAAUAUGGUGGGCCUACGUUGAGUCCGAAACGGCUACGUCGACGAAGCAGGCGAUCCAACGAGAACCUGAGAGGCACCCCCGCGGAUUCCACGCGAUACUCCAAGUCCAAGGGCCCAGAGUCUUCCGAGAGUGUCAGUCCUAGCUCGACCACCACGGAGUCUAGCAGUAUGCAAACCCCCGAUGGAUCUACGGAAGCAGACGCCAUGGAUAUAGACUAG